AUGAAUUGGACAAGUGGGAAAAGCCGCCUUAAAGUUAAAUUUGAAAAACGGACGCAAAAAGAGUUCUUCAAACAGCAGCGCCUUCGAAGACUCGAUAACGGCCCACCAAAAGAAAACAUGCUCUCAAAAUUUAGCAGCCUCAACCAACCAAAAACUAACCAAUUGACGCGUAUAGAAAAUAAUAGACCCGAACAUGAACACGUAACCGGUUCAUUGUUUGAUGCUGUAGACAUUGAUUCAAUUGAUAUAGCAUCAUUCGCACAACGCAACCGCUCUCCUGCUGCCGAUAUGGCGACACGAAAGCAAAACUUACUUCGCGACAAAAAUUGGGUUGGGACAUUUUCGUCUGAUCCUUGUCCGUCGCGCGAUCAGUCAUCGAAUAUGCAUCUACCUGCGGAGGAAAGGACACAUGAAAGAAUAGCUGACGCAGCAAGUGGCGAUGAACAACAGUCCUUAAUAUCGGCCAUGUACAGACAUGAAUUGGACGCAAGUGUGCCCGAGCGUGAACCGCCAAGUAACUCACAAAGCGGUGUUUUACGCGAUCAUCCUGACGACAUUACGGAUACAUUGAGAAUAGAGGAGAUCACGGCUGCAAACUCUCUUUCUCCUAUGCUUUGCAGUGAUCAUCAACCCUCAACGCAAUCGUUAGGCUGGCGUCAUUUCAUAAACUCACCAAGUGCUGGCGACGACGUACCGAACGUUUAUAAUCAUCAAGUCGAUCCUGUAAAGAGGUGGGAGAGAUCGAACGCGAGACAAUAUCCAUACUCUAACAGUGCUCGCGACAGCCGGUUUUACAGGACACCAAGUUCGAUUGCAAUUAGCGCGCCUUUCACAAUUAAAGAUACCGUAGCGACAUCCAGUAAUGAUAUUAGUAAGACGGGCUAUAUGUUCGAUUUGGACGAUAGCAGAGAUGACGAUAGUGCAAGUUACUUUACACAGCCUACGAACAAUGUUUUUCCAACACACUCAACGGUCAGCUUCUCACAAGGCCUAUAUUCAACAGACAAUACUUGUAACAUCAAAGAACAACGUGGCAAAACAGGUUCUUCGGAACACGUUUACGAACAAAUACAUAAUCAGGCAUCGAUUGAUGAUCGGCUAUGCAAAUUGGAGGCCAAAGACGCAGAACUUGAACAUGAGCUGGAAAAAUUGAAAAGUAUUGUAAGACAACUAAUGGACGAUAUGAAGAAUACCCAAGGGUCUGUUGACGAGUUGCCCAACGCUAGAAUAAUACAAGAGACUAGUGACAGCCCACUCUGCCAAGAUCAUGGCGGAACCGCCGAAAAGCCAAAUGAAACGGAUGCAACCAUUGAAACGGAAACUUCCCCAGAUUUACAACCCAACAUUUUGUCCGUAGUAAGACAAACCGAAGCCGAUCAAAAUCGUGUGUAA